AAAAACAUUGGACUUCCAGCAGCUAAAAUACUUCUGAGGAUUCAGAAGGCCACAAAGCUAGAUACACAAGCAUUCUGUUUCCCUUCAGAAGAUUCCUCAGGUUUCAAGUUUAAGCUGUGAAGUGCAAACAACAAUUCAACAGUCAGUGCAGAUCACGCACUGCAGGAAGAGGCGAUGUGUUUUCUGGCCAAGCAUCCAGCUCUUGGGAUGGUAUGUUCCGCUUUCAUAUUCAGCGUGCUCAUUGCUGAAGGACAGCUUGGGGAAGAGCAUGGGCAGAAUGGCAGCUAUGCUCCCAGCCGAGGCUAUCUGAUGGAAGUUUUACGCGUUCUUUCAGCUGACAACACUGAGCUCCACAUGAACCACUCACAAGAACUGGUCAAAAUGUUACUGGAGAGAACUGAGUGCCCACAGCGGAUUUAUGGCAUGCAAGAGGAUUGUAAUCUGUGCCUUGAACCAGAUGCUUUGUUACUAAUAGCUGGUGGAAAUUUAGACGACCAUCUCAGUGAAGAAGUAUUUGAGAGAAUUUCUCUUAUUCUUCUCUACUACAUUCUUCAUCAUAGAGAUGCAUGCUCUUCAGAACUCAGCUUGAAUAAUAAGGAUUAUAAGUUUUACCUACAAAGUAUGCUUAAUUUAAGACAUGAUGAAAGCUGUUGUUAUUUUUCACGGAAUGAAACUGAAGAUAUUUUGGCUGCAGUAAGGCAACAUUUUAAAACUUCUGAAACCCAGUGUGUUGAUGUGAGUACUCUGGAGAAAAAUGCUGAUAUAAUGGACAGAGAUGGUGCUGAUGAAAACACUCUUCCACGCCUUGCUGCUUUAAUCAUUACUCUGGCUCUCCAAGGAGUCUGUAUGGGGAAAGCAAGUUUGCCAUCCCCAGAGUUCUUUAUAAAAUAUAUUUUCACUUCUCUAAACAGUACCACUGAACUCCAAGUGACAGAACUAGAACAACUACUAAAUGUGCUUACAGCCAAGAAGACCUGCACUGUAAAUGGACAAUUCCACAGUCACAAAAGAAGACAUUAUAGUAUGGCAAUCAGAGAUACUGCAGUCAGAAAUAUUCCAGUCAAAGGAAACCAUACGAAAGGAGAGUAUCUGAAAGGUUAUUCUGAAGAUCGUGAAAGGAAAACAGAUUGGGACCAGGUUUGUUUCUCUGCCAAUGAACUGGUGAAGAUAUUUUUAAAAAACAGUUCUUCCUCCAUUUCUAAGGACCACUUCAAGCAAAUCAGUCCAGCUAUCAUUCAGCAACUAUUAAGUUGUUCAUGUCAGCUUCCUGACUCCAAGAAGACAAAGCUUCCACCAACAACUCUGGAAAAAUAUGGUUACAGCACUCUUGCUGUUUUACUUAUUACUAUUGGAUCUAUGUUUGGUACAACCCUCAUUUUAUUUAACUCCUGUCAAGAAAUCUAUACACUCAUUUUACAGCUGUUUGUUGGUUUGGCUGUUGGGACUCUUUCUGGAGAUGCAUUGCUACACCUUAUUCCUCAGACUCUUGGUUUACACAAACAUGAAACACAAGAGGUAGAACAUUUCUAUGAGGGGAAAGAAUAUAUUUGGAAACUUCUGGGAAUGAUUGGAGGAAUUCAUGGAUUUUUUCUCAUAGAAAAGUGUUUCUUUCUUCUAGUAACACCACGUGACCAGAGAAGCCCAGAAGAUUCUGAGUCUGCUGAAGAUCCUUCACAGAGUAAGGCGAUCAGCAAAAAAAGCAAGAAAAUUAGCUUGUUAGCAAUAAUGGUUCUGGUGGGUGACAGUCUUCACAAUUUUGCUGAUGGCUUGGUAAUAGGAGCGGCAUUCUCAUCCUCAACAGAAGCAGGUGUGACAACAACUAUUGCUAUUUUAUGCCAUGAAAUUCCUCAUGAAAUGGGAGACUUUGCUGUGCUGCUAAGUACAGGGAUCCCCACAAAGAUUGCAAUUCUGAUGAAUUUUAUAAGUGCGCUAACAGCAUUCUUAGGACUUUAUAUUGGCCUUUCUGUAUCAGCUGAACCAUGCAUUCAAAACUGGAUUUUUACUGUUACAGCUGGAAUGUUCUUGUAUUUAUCUUUAGCAGAAAUGCUUCCUGAAAUGACUCAUAUUCAGACACGGCGACCCUGGUUGAUGUUUCUCCUACAGAACCUUGGAUUACUAUUAGGCUGGCUUUGCCUCUUACUUUUGGCUCUAUAUGAACAGAAAAUUAAAAUAUAAGUUUUCUGCUGGAAACCUUGCAGUACCACUUAUGACAGUGGAUAGCAUUAUUCACAAUUUUGUCAUGUCUGCUAUAGUGAUAUAUAAAUUAAGUUGCUGGGAUUUUAUAUCUGAACAGUAGAUAACUAUUUCACUUUAUUAACUUAUUGUUCAAAUUUUGUAAUUAUUUUUUUUUUUGUAAAAAUGAAUGUUUAGAGUUAUCUUUUAUUUGUUACUGAGUUUACCAGAUGCCAUGCUCAAACUCACAGGAGCUUUUGAUUAGUUUUUAUUGAGACUAUUCUAGUUGAAUGCUCUAAGUGAUCUCUACCAGCCUGAUUGAAGAAAAGAAUAAAAUGUUUUUAUAUGCAAUAAUUAAAGUGGACUAACCAUAGUUGAAUAAUUUGAAGCAGAAAUGUUUUCUGCCUCCGUACAAACAAAUAAUGUAUUUCUGUAAAACUCAAAAGUAUAGCAAAACUAAAUUGUUAAAUGGCAUACAGC